GAGCGGGGCGGGAGCAGGCCUGGGAGUCCGGGGAGUCGAGCGCAGCCAUCGGAGCGCCUGGGUGGCGGCGGCGCGCGUGAUGGCUCCGGUCGCGGACCGUCAGGGCUACUGGGGCCCCACGACCUCCACGCUGGACUGGUGCGAGGAGAACUACGCGGUGACCUGGUACAUGGCCGAGUUCUGGAAUACAGUGAGUAACCUGAUUAUGAUUAUACCUCCAAUUUUUGGUGCAAUUCAGAGUGUUAGAGAUGGACUGGAAAAGCGGUACAUUGCUGCUUAUUUAGCACUUACAGUGGUAGGAAUGGGAUCCUGGUGCUUCCACAUGACUCUGAAAUAUGAAAUGCAGCUAUUGGAUGAACUCCCAAUGAUUUACAGCAGUUGUAUAUUUGUGUACUGCAUGUUUGAAUGUUUCAAGAUCAAGAACUCAGUAAACUACCAUCUGCUUUUUACCUUAGUUCUAUUCAGUUUAAUAGUAACCACCGUUUACCUUAAGGUAAAGGAGCCUGUAUUCCAUCAGGUCAUGUAUGGAAUGUUGGUCUUCACAUUAGUACUUCGAUCAAUUUAUAUUGUUACAUGGGUUUAUCCAUGGCUUAGAGGACUGGGUUAUACAUCUUUGGGCGUAUUUUUAUUGGGAUUUUUAUUAUGGAACGUAGAUAACAUCUUUUGUGAUUCACUGAGGAACUUUCGAAAGAAGGUACCACCUAUCGUAGGUGUUACCACACAAUUUCAUGCGUGGUGGCAUAUUUUAACUGGCCUUGGUUCUUAUCUUCACAUCCUUUUCAGUAUAUAUACAAGAACACUUUACCUGCGAUAUAGGCCAAAAGUGAAGUUUCUCUUCGGAAUCUGGCCAGUGAUCCUGUUUGAGCCUCUCAGAAAGCACUGAUGAAUUAUUCCACCAAGAAAACAAAAAAGCACCUACCUUAGGCCCAGCCAAACGAAUAAGGAAAUCCUUAACGAUCUACAUGUUCAAAUAUAUCAGGACUGUCACAGCAAACAAGUGGCUUUCUGACUAACACUGUCCGCCACACAGAGAGUGAGGAAUGGGGCUUGUUGGAUGUUUAGCUUAUGUCAUUAUCUCAUUUGUCCUCCUCCUCACCCUAAGAUGUUUAAAAAGAAACAUACACGAUAUAUCUAUAUAUACUUGAAUGCCAGAAAAAUUGGGAUUUUCAUAACAGGUUAACAGUUUGUGCUUAUAACAGGAAAUUUACCAUUUCCUCUUUUUUGACAGGGGUUGCAUGUGAACUAUACUUUUCUUAAUAUUUGGUUAAAUAAUGAAAACAGCUAGACUGGCAAACCCCAUGUCCAGAUGGCCAGCUAUAAGCCAGCCCUUACCUGUGUCAGCCUUGAUUGAUACUUUUGUCAAAGUAGCCUCAUGGAUGGUUUUCCAGGGUUCAAAAAAGGAAGAAAAAGAGCUAUCAGUGGGAUUCUGGUAGUUUUUCACUGCUGCCUCUGGGCUACUCAGAGUGUGUCAUGAGCAAGCUCAGACCUGCCAUUGGGUUAUCACAUCCCAGCUCUGGCUUGUCUGUGUUUAGCCACAGUCAGUCUGAGUAGGAGGGUCAUCUUGCAACCUUUAUGAAGGCUCUGAGGACACCUAUCCAAUGUUGUAUCCCCAGACGGUUAAAGGUGGUUGUUCAGUUUCCUUUGAUCUUUGCAGAUCUUUAAGUUUGUUACUGUUUUUAUGGCUAGGAAAACAUGAUUGGUGGUCUGGUCUACCCAUAUUCCAUCCUCCUAGCAUAAUUUAUGUGAAGUUACCAGUGAAUGUCAUUAUACUCUGACUUUUUAGAUUAUGCAAUAUUUUCCAGUUUUCAGAGAGGCCAUGGUUACGCCCAGAGAAAUGUGUUGGGUUACCUAGAGCCAAACGACCAGGAUCCUAUUUACAUAAAGCUUAUUAGAAUACCUGCUCCUUCAUUUCAGGUUUGAGAACAGCUCUAACUUACUUGAACUUGUAACAGAACUCCCUAAAGUUAAAGUGCUGAAAAACAGCAGUGAAAUCUCAUUGUAAAGCAGCCAGUUCUAAUUUGGAUUCGAAUUAUAACAAAUUGUAUCUCUUUUCACAAACAUAACACCUGUCUGGAUUUUAAAAUUCUAUUUGAUUCCCUUUAUUCAUAUAUCACCAUAUUUGUAGCCUAUACCAUUUAGCAUUUUUAUGACUUCUUGCUUAUUCAUUAUUAUAAAAUCCAGAGUGUUUUUACCACAUGGUUUCAUUAUGCCAGAUGAAAUCCUGAGCUACAGCUUCAAAAGGAAACAUUUUCUUAUGCAAAGGUAUUAGCCACUUCUGUCAUUUUCCCAGUAUUCAGUAAGUAGCCUUAGUACAAAUUUAAAACCAAUGCAAAUUUUAUCCUUUUUCUUCACCUACUGGCCUUAGUUUUAGUCCAAAUGCUAUCGUCCUUAUCAUGCCAUUAGGCAGAUGAUUACACCUACUUUUAUGACCCUCUCGCUAGAAAAACACUUGCCAAAACAUAAAUGUAACACAACUGUGGUCGUGCCUUAGGAAAACAUGAAACUAAACAGUUCCAGCACACAGCCCAUAAGACUGUUAUUUCUUUUCCCACAAGAUUCUGACUUCUGGCUACAUUUCGUGUGCAGCUACCUAGGCUGUCAGCCAUCUUACAUUUUUUAAUGACUUCCAUUUGUUCCACACCAUUGCCUUUUGUACUUUUCCUUCAAGAUAUACUUCUGCAUAAAGAAUCUAUAUAGAAACAGAGGCACAUCCUUAAUGAUGAUGCUGCUAAACACUGGGAGAUGGAGGUGCUGCAGUAUUAAAGUCAGAUUAAGGUUAUCGGGAGCACACCCUGAGAGGGGCCCUUCAGAGCAGUUUGUUGAAUGAGCAUUUCAACCAUCAGUUGUUGACUAAAGUUGUCCAGCACCUCACUGGAGAAGCACACCAGUGGGUGACUUGUGACAUUAUGGCCAAUUUUUCAAAGACCUUUGUUUCUGUUGUGAAGACAGCUGUGAAAUAUUUCACAUGUGUUUAGCAAAAGGGGACUAAAUCCAGUCUCUUUCAUUUUCCAAGUUACUUUUUGCCCCACGUGGCUCUCUUUUUAACAGCCUAAGUAUUAGCAUACCCAAGGCAUUGUAUCUGUGCCACAGAUAGUAUUUGGAAAUACUGCUGACCUUCAGGAUAUUUGCUAAAUCGUCUUUAUGUCAAUGGCUUUUUUCCUUCUAGGAUUCUGGGUGGGCAUUACAAGGUUGGCUUACUACCCUGCUCCCUUCCCUUUAUUUUCUUAGAAGACUUCUUGUUAACUAGAGUGUACAAAAAGCAACAAAACAAACCUGUUUCCUACUGAGCAAAUAAUGGUUUGUUUGCAUAUCACCUGAUGCAAAAGGUGCUCAUCUGUGAGCCCUACAGCACAUUAUAUUUUAGAAAACAAUAUUUUAUGGAUGUGAAAGAGGCAGUUUGCUUGCACAUUUUAAUAUUUUUCUUAUGCUGCCAUUUUCACUUCAGAAAAUUGAAAGCAAUUAGACUUUUUUUUUUUUUUUAAGGGAAAACUAGGUGAAAGGUGGUUGUGUUCAUCAGAUUGGUCAUUCUGCCUACUCCUCCCCACCUUGGUACUUUCAUGAAACAUUGCCACCACCUGAAGUGAUCUCUUUAAUCUUUGUGAUAUUAUAUAAAUUAUUCAUUAACAGGAAAAACACUUGUGUGAAUAAUCUACAAAUGAAGACCCCAAACAGUGGUAUUUGGUUUAGCAGAAUUCUAUAAAAAAAACCUGCCUGCAAAAUUUCCAGGACUGUUAAUCUGGCCUUUCCCUACACUAAAAGGUUUUUCUCAGUAAUACUAAGAAGAGGUGUGAAUCAAUGAAAAUCAAAAGACCCAAAUUUCAGGUAUACAGUACAUGAAAGUCUUUAAAUGCCUGCAGGAACGAAGUUCUAUUUUAAUGCAAACACCUUCUGAAUUUAGCCAGUGCCCCUAAAAGUGUCUAAUGAUUUACUUUAAGGUUUUCUUGUGAGUUUUAUGGGUUCCAUAUUACUUUGCUCUUGAAAAAAAAUUACUGGUUGCUAAGUGUGCAGUUUUAGCUCUCAAUUCCACAUUUACAUGACUGAAGAAACUCCUUUAACCCAUGGAUUAUGAUGUGCUACUGGAUAAACAUUUGUGUAAAACUGAAGUUUCAAGGAGAACCAGUUAUAUUGGAAUUUGCAGCUAUAUGGCGAUUUGCAGAUCUACCUCUGUCUUACAUCUUACAUCGUAUCAGUGCCAUAAUAUAAUUAGUUUGAUCACUUUGUCUUGUUUUUUGUUUUUGUUUUUGUUUUUAGUGUCUAAAAUUACAGCUUGUUCACUAUGCUGUAAACAUUUGGAAAUAAUGACCACAAUUUGGCUAAAAGUACUUAAGCCCAUGGGGUGGGGGAAGGGGAGGAGUUAUAAAAUGGAGAAGAAGAAAGAAAAAAAGAAUGGUUAUGAACUAUCUAACUGGAAAAAUUCAAUGCUGCUUUUUAAAUUGUUACACUUUCUUCAAGAAGGAAACGUUAAUUUUAAUGUUUAACUGUGGUUGCUGGAUGGGAAUAAGUUGCCAGUAGUGCUGAGGUUAUGUGAGCAGGCCACUGGUCUCAGUUCCUCCUGCUGGAGAGGGGAAAGGCAGGCUCUUGUUCACAUACCUACAGGGGAGUUAAGAGAAAAAUGUGACUCCAGGCAGAAUUUGGGACUUAAUAGGGAAAGGGGAGGGGGAGAGACGACACUUACAGGAAAACAAAUAACUUUUAGGAAAGAUAAUGGGCCCUUAGGAGAAUAGAUGGAGUCAAAAUAGUUUUGUGGCAAUGUCUGUUCAGGUGUGGUACGAAAUGAGAGGAUUUAUGACAGUUGAGUUCUUUUGGAAGGUUCUAGUUAUAGUCAGAUGAAGGAACAUCAGAAAAAAGGACUUCUUCCUACAUCUACUGAUUCCCAAAUGCCUUCAGCUCAAAAUAAUUCCUAUGCCAUAGUGGUGUAGUCUGCACCCCUUCUCUUCCCGUCUAAAACCUCCCAAGAAGUUUAACAGACCAGAAGCUGAGUUGGUGGCUGUGGAGCAAUCUGUGUUAGAGGUUGGGAGGUUAGAGAUCUGCAAAGGAAAAGACAUAGAUUUACAGAGAAACAAAAGGAAAAACAAAAAUUAGUAGGUGGAGCAGAUUGUAAACUCAGUUUUUGAGUCCAGAGGGGCAGCCCAAAGGAUUUCUUGAUGUUGGUCUUGAAGUGUCUUUAGAUGGUGGGGUAACAUGGCAGUGGCAGUCUCACAUGGUCAUUUCCUGGAGCUCACAGAACCAUGUCCUGGUGCACGUCCUGAGUGGUGUGGACCUUUGCAGUCAUAAAUCCUUCAAAGUUAUAGCAAGUCGUCCAGCUUCAGCUUGCAGGGCUUCCGGAAAAAGGCAAUUUUAGUUGUUAGUAAUGCCAAGUCAAGAAGAAAAUUAGAAAUGUUAAUUACUGACAAAAUACACAAGAUGGUAAGAUCCAGAUCACAAACAGGUGAAAACAACUCAAAGAGAAUGAACAGGGCUAGAUUCUAGCGUUCCACUGAAACACAAUUUCUCUCUAUGAUCACCCUCAUUUUUAUCAGAGAUAAUCAGGGUAAGACUGUUUUUGUUUGCAAAACAAGUCUAGUCUCACCAAACUUGGCCUGUUUGUUUAUUUAAGUGCAACAAGAAUAAUAAUUGAUGAAAUAAGCCUUUUAAAGUUUGUUUUGCUGGAAUUUUUAUUGGGAAUCUCAGAUUGGAAUUUUUAAAGCCUCAAGACUAGGAAGCCAAGCCAAGAACUCACCAUCACACUUCACAUGUAAAUACCUGCAGAUUUAGAUUAAUUCCUCCUUCUCAGGGUCCCCAAAAUAUUCUGAGCUUCCUGGGCCGGCCAUGAAGUGGCCUUCCUUACUCACUUGUAAGGGUGGGGGCCCUAUAAGGGUGCCAGGCCAGUUUUCUAGGAGAGCUUUGAAAGCAACCUUAGUUCCUUAAAACUAGUUAUAGCCUCUUCUCUGCACAUCUUCUCAAAUAUGAUAUUCUAGUCAAAGCCUUGGCAAUAUCACCAGUGUUUCCAAUUGUGUCCUGUUACAAAGAGAAUCAGUUCUUACUAAACAUAUUCAAAUAACUAUAUUGCCAUAAAAAUAAGAAUAUUCAAUAAAAGUUUCCAAAUUUUGGAGGGAAUCAGAUAAGGAGAAAAAAAUAAAUGUUUCAUUUUUGUUUACAAAGAUAUAAUCUAAAUUCUGUAAGUUAAGGUAGCUUAAGAGUAAAGGGGUUCCUUAAAUCUGGAAAAUAGGACAUUAAAGAACCAGCAGCACUCCCAGCAAAAGUCAUAGAAGAAAUAAUAAGUAUUCUUUGUUAGUCUACUCAAUCUCAUGUGAUAAGUCCAGGUCUUUCUUAACGUAGGGUUAGCAGAUUUAUGAACCCAUGAGCUUCUCCAUUAGUUCUAGAAAUCAUUAUUCAGGCUAGCAGUGUGAUCUCAAAGUUACACGAGCAGUGACAUCAGAAGCCUGUACCCCAGCGUACCUGCUAUAGUCUCUGAACUUGUUUUGUUGAAGUUGAAGCCUAUAGCUGAUUAUAACUUUUCAGAAAAAUAUCAGAGUAAAAUAAUAUCUGUGAAUGACAAAAGGUUUAAAAUGACCAUAGUUAAAGAUCUGAUGAGAGUUCAUUAUAACAUAGACAAGAAAAGGUUUUUUUUUUAAAUUUAAUUUUAUUGAUUUCAGAGAGAGGAAGGGAGAGAGAGUUAGAAACAUCAAUGAUGAGAGAGAAUCAUUGAUUGGCUGAUUCCUGCAUGCCCCCUACUGGGGAUCAAGCCUGCAACCCAGGCAUGUGCCCUGACCAGGAACUGAACUUUGACCUCUUGGUUCAUGGGUCGUUGCUCAACCACUGAGCCACGCUGGCCUGGCUUGACCAAGAAAUUUGGUUGUUUCCGUGACAUUCAGCAUUUUAAGAUAACUGGGGUCAUGACUGAUCACAUUAUGCCAGGCUAUGUCAUGGACAGCUAUGACAAUGAAAAGGUUCUAGAAAUUUCAUACAAUUUCUGAACAACUUAUAUUAAUAAUAUAUACCCAUACAAAUAUAGGCUAAGGAAGGUUAAGCAUCACUUCUUAUUUGACAGUGCUUGCUAUGUAAUUUAACAUAUCAAAUAAACCUAAUUAGUUUAGCAUUGCUCUUUUUACACAUAAAAGAACAGAUUUUUGGAGAUUUUUCAGGGACUCUCUGGGAAAUCUCAGAAGUCAAAAAUGACUCAUUUAGAAUUUGAUUUGGGGAAGUUGUCAAAAGAUUUGAACUCUAAAUAAGGUCACAGGUCACUGUGAAACAAUGCUUUAUUACUGUAACCAAAAUGACAAUAAUUAUAGUUUCUUAUUAGGAACAGACCAACAGACCAAAAGCAACUUUGUUCUUUUAAUCGAGAAUUUCAACUUCUAGUUUUGCAUCCAUACACUAUUGAGCUCAUUUAAAUAAAUAAAAAAUAUGUAAAUGCAUUCAAUCUUAGCCAGCCUGACCACAUGAAUAAGAUAUUCUCCACUCUCUCCACCCCUUCGGCCCCCUUCCCCACCUUACAGCCCCUUUACCACUUUGUGUAGCCAUCCGAGUCUUUGUCUUCAAUGCCCCCUUUCUCAUCUGGAGCGACCUUUAAACAGCCUCUAAGCAGCUACUUUGGGACAAAAUCACUCUCCUUUUUUCUUUAACAAAAGCAUGUCUUUCAUUCCUUUCAGACCUUUCAAGAUUGCUGCCCCUCUUUAUUGUUUCUAGUAUUUUAAUUUACUUACAUUGAGUAGAAUUCUUAACCCUUAGUAACCUUAAUUUCCAGCAAAAACGAAGACAUAGACAAUUGUAAACUGGCACAGAUCAGCACUCUGAGUAGACCAGUACAUUUAUUAAUACACCACUUCAGUUUCUUUAUAGCGUUAGUGGCCAAACUUCUUUUCUGGCUAAGAAAAAGCUCAAGGCCAAGACUCAAAUAUAAGCAAAAGUUUAUUUAGAAAGUCACAGAGGUAGAAGAAGUGAGCCAUCUGCCCUGCAUGGUUCAGGAAACAAGUUAUAGAAGCAAAAGAAGGGCCCUUAGAGCUUGAGAAAAAGAAAGGCAGAGAAAAUGCGCCUGGAGGAAAAAGAGGGAGAAAGGCUAGGGUGUGCACCAGAGCCGCGGACCACCAGUGGUCUAUGAGGUCUGAAAGGUUGGCGACUGCUGCUCCAGAGAGAGGGAGCCCCCUGGGGAAAGAACGGGGUGGGGAAGGCCAGGGCGCGCUCAGGAGAGAGAAAGAGCGUGCACUGGGUCCUCUGUCCUGAGGGCUUUCAUCUGCUUUGGACCGUAAACUUUCACUUUGGGGAAUGAAACCGUGACAUCAUUGCCGGAAAAGUGGAUAACGUAAGGGGUAACAGGUUUCACAAACAAGCUUUUAUCUAGUAGGCAGUCAGAGCAGCUAAGGAGAAGGCAGGUCACUAAAGAAUUUAAACAGAAUUUCUGCUGUUGGUGCACACAGCCAUUUGGAGAAGCAAUACUGACUUCCAUUCUAAUACACUUCAAAUAUCUAGUAUUUUUUCACAAGACCUUCAAAGUACUACCUGUUUUGAUUGGUAACUGGUGU